UUUCUUGGGUAAGUUUCUACAAGCUCUGGACAUGUAGAUUUUGGCUGUUUCUCCUAUUUUCCUGGCAAAUACAUUCAAGUUCAUUCACAUUGGAUGGAGAGCAACUGUGAUCUGCCAUCUUUAGAUCUUUCCACAGAUGUUCUGUUGGCUUCAAAUCUGGGGUUGCUGAGAAACAAUGUUCCACACCUAGGAUUGAACCAGGGAUCCUGGACAGCAAUGCUAUCCCCUGUGAUACCAUUAUUUAUAUUACACAAGGUUUCAUCUGGAAACCUUAAAAUGAAAUUAAAGUAACAUUUAAUAGGUGUCUAAGCCUUAUAACUAUCCAAUGGACCCUAGAAGAACCAUUUUAUAGUAUGAAUGGCUCAUUUCUGCCAGGUUUCUAUAAUAAUAAUGCCAAGCAAUAUUACUGAAAUUAAUUAAUAAUGCCUAUCUGUGUCAAAAUGGUGUCUCCUCAGAAUCUGUCACAUUUUUAGAAUUAUUGUUUGUAUUCACAAUUGUGAAAGCAACAUAGUCUUAAGCCAUUAUAACAAACAAACCAAAGCCUCUAAUUAAAAUGGCAUAUUGUGCUAAAUCUUUAAACAGAAAACUAUACCGAUUUAUAUGAGCUCAUGAAUAAAAAUAACUCCCCGAGCACAGGAUCUAUAUAUCUGUCUAUCGAAUACACUAAUGAGUCUUACUGUGAAAAAACAAACAAAAGACCUCCUGUAAAGAAAAAACGCAGGUGCACCCAGUGACCCUGGAUUUUAACCCACCAGUAUGUCAUACUGUAGGCCAGUGCUCAUGUCAGGCCUAUGUUGCCAGUGGGACAGUGGGAAAGCACCUUCAGACACAGGAGGCUUACUUUUGGGACAAGCAUCAACAAACACUUGGGCAGACAAAAGGGGUCUGAAACAGGCCAGAAGACUCCAAAACAAUCUCCAGCUUUGCCUCCAUUCAACUCUACUUCCCUCUACUGUAUUACAUUUAGGUUGGUAAAUUGUCUUUAAUACAGAUUUUUCUUAUCAAUCAGGGCCAUUUGUGAGAGACAGUAAAUAAAGAAAAUAUUGCAUAAUAAAACAUGCAGCACUUUAAAAACCAUUUGAUGCAAUUUUCCCAGUAUUUCAAGACUAAUUAGUGCCUAUGCUUUCAGCACCCUGGGGAGAGAGGAGGGGGUGGAGGGAAGGGGACAUGGUUGGUAAGAAGGAAAGGGGAUGGCCGGUUUCCUGAGGAAAAAGCAUCAGCUCAGGAAGUGACCACAGCCACCCCCAGGCUCCUUUGCCUUCGCUUGGGACAGAUGCACUCAUAUAGUUCGUCACUUGAUAUUAACCACCACAUACAGUAUACUGACAUACACAAAGAAAAAUACAUACAAGGCUCCGGAAUGUUGCAACUUUGAGACUAUUAGACACAAACCACUGCACCAAUUGAAUAAGCGUUUAAUCUCCAGGCCGAAGCAUGCCCGUUCUUAAGAAUCUCCCAGCUCGGCUGAAGGGGGCCAAGGGAAAUUUAGAGAACACUCACAGUGAGCUGAUUCUCCGCAAGAUGAGCCUGAACCACAACCCGUUUGGGGAAAACGGCUUAGAUGAGGAAUGGCCCAGGCACAAUGGUGGCUCGCUCUUGGAUGGGGGUGCUCCCCGGGACCGUAACCCAUUUGAGGAUGAGGAAGAUGAGAAUGAGGCCAAUGAAGUGAGGCGUGGGGGCUCAGGAAAAGGUGGAUCUAUUAAAGGGACACUUGAUCGCAUCAAAGGCGUGUCACCACUCAAGACCCUGGGCAAGCUAGGCAAAGGUCUGCGCAUUUCAGGCAGGAGUAAGGGCAGCCCCACCCCUUCUCCACAGGGCUCCAUUGGUAUGCCCUCACCCAUGGAGAAAAAGAAGAAGGGCCGACGGAGUUCAGAGGGAAGUCUUCUGAGGAUGGCAGGAAGAUGCAGAGAGAGCCUUCGUAAAGAAAGCUUGCCCAAUGGAGACCUGUGCUCAGAGAGUGAUGCCGAUUCAACCAGUCGCAAACUGUCCCUCUUGAAGAUUGUGGGCAGGGGCAAGAAGAGGGAGUCUCUGGUUGACCGCUCAGCAUCGCCUGGCCCUGAAGAAGAGCCUGUAGAGGAAGUCCCAGUAGUCAAACCCAGAGAACCUCUCUCAGUGUUGGAGAUCCUGCAGCUGGUGACCAAGCGAGACUUGUUGCUGGCAGAUACCCACAUACUAGAGCUAGAACAGGAGUGCAAGGAGGUGUCCACCACACAACCAGGGGGUGCAGAAGAUGUCACCAGCCCCAGCAGCAAAGAUAGCAGUCGGAGAAAGGCUAAGGAUGUGGAGCUACUGUAUGAGGCCCUGCAAAAAGAGCUGUGGGAUGUGGUUCGGGAAGCCUUGCACUCACCCACUGCUGGGCCUAAUUUAGGCCUGGUUGUACAGGUCCUCCAACAGGAAGAAGAGGCUGAUCAGGACUGGACCACAAAUGAGUGCACUGUUCCCGGGGGAGCACGGCCCAGGGAGUUGAAAAAGCGAUGGAAGGAGGCUGUGGUUGAGGCUGCUAAUGAGAAUUUGCCCAAGCCUGAAAUGGUCCUGCCAGGUGAGCUGGCAGCAUACCUCAACAAACUGCGAAUUCGUAUGGUCGAGGAUCUGGGAGCAGCCCGCCGAAAUGUUGUGUCUGUGUAUCCAGAAGAUUAUAAUGCCUUUCAGGUGUAUGUACAUAGCUACCAUCAGGCCAUCACAUGCCGGUUACAGAUUAUCACUAAUGGAGAACUGCAAAUUACUGACAUAUACUCCCUUCUAGAUUGGCUCUACAACAUAUACGACAGGGACGUUAUUGGAACAGUAAGCAUAACAUCUCCGAUCAACCGCUCUCAUCUCAGCCCACUGCUCUCAGCAGAGAUGGUGGACAAGCUUGAGCUGGACUGCCUCAACUAUGUCAGGGGAAAAGUAACCACUGAGCUGUCUCAGGUGUUGGAUGAGGAAGAAAAGAGAUGGACAGAAAUGUUGCAUGUUGAGGAAUAUCAGAUCCCACUCGCUAAUGCAGUUAUUAAGAGACUGCAGGAAGAUCUUGAUCGAUCUGCUGCAAUAAACCGUGGUCUAGCCUCACGAGUAGCACAGUGCAGUCUUAAUGGCCUUGCAGAUUUUCUGUACAGCUUUCAAAAGAAGGUGGAAAUGUUCCAUGAAGACCAUGUUAGUGCAUUUGGGGAAAAUAAUGACGGUUACAUUGCCAAGACAAUCGCUUUAGCCAACUGCUGCCCCCCUUUCAGGAGCUUUGUAGAACGAUGUAUACACAGCGAUCCUGCUGUCAGUGAAGACUCUGGCCGCAGAGCCAAAGUAGCCCUGGACAAGAUUGUAAACCUGAGCGUGAGAGUGCUGAAUGAUAGCAUAUUUGAGUACAUCAGGCCUUACUUUGAUAAACUGGUAAAGAGGAAAUGGCUCAGCAACGCAGAGGCACUUGAGCAGAUCAUAUCUCUUAUCAAGGAACACUUCAAGAAGUUUAAAAGGAUGGAAGGCCCACCAUACCAGGUCCUGGUAGGAGAAGUCCAUCGGAGGGUGAUAACUGAAUACCUUCGUGCCAUUAUGAGAGGCCGAAUUAUCUGCACCUCUCUCAAGAUGAGGAAAAGGAUGGCUAGCCGCCUUCGCGAAGAGGGCAAGGACCUUAAAACACUCUUUAAAGAGUUGGAGUCAUCAGCCUCAUGGCUAGACAGUGCCAUUCCCCACAUAUCAGAGAUCAUCGUGUUGGAAGACACACCCUCGAUACAAAUAGAGGUUGGCGUCCUAGUUCAAGAAUUCCCUGAUGUACGGAAGAAGCAUGUAUCUGCAAUCCUGAAUAUCCGGGGAAUGACUCGGCAGGCAGAGAGGCAGGAGAUCCUCAACAUUGUGAAAGACAUCGAGAACAGUGACAGCCUCUCACAGCUGCCACGAGAUCGUGCCCUGUUUGCAGAAGUGCCUGUGACAUCUGAGGUGCACUGUCUGAACAUAGGUUUGAGCCGCAUCGCUCUCACCGCCUCCUCCUUCUUCUACAGCUUACGGGGACGUCAGCGCAGGAGAACCCCAGCCAGGGAGACCCAUGAUGACAUGCUGUAACAAUGUAACAGUUUUCAAAUGAGUCUUAUUGACUCCACAGUAGAGCAUGCAAACCAGAGUUGGGUUAUAAAAAGUGUUUGGAAUUUUUAAACCAUCUGUGUCAUAAAAAAGGACUUCUUUUCUGUAUCAUAAAUAGCUGGUAAAAAGGGUUAAGCUAGCACUGGUGAAACUGGGACCAUUUUAGAAGCUUGUUAGUUGCAAUAUUUUCAUGUGCAUUGAAAUUUUAACCAGAGGUGUUUAACAAAAUCAUAUCAAAUCAAAUCUCGCACAAAACACAGCUCACUUUAAAACAAGUGGAAUUGUCUUUAUGAAUGAAACCGUCUCUUAUUUGCCUUUCAUACUAGCACUGAUGUGACUGUUGUUUGUUCAUGGUGAUUUCAUACUUGAUCUAAGGUACUACAUAAUGAUCUAGGAUAUCUGGUAUUUUUUUCUUGUAUUUAAAUGAGUAGUUUCAUGCUGCAGUCAUUUUAGUUCUGAUGAUAUACAAAUCUGCCUGGAGAAAGAAAUCAAGGGCUACUAUUUAUGUUCCAGAUGCAAGACAUGUUAUUUAUUGUAUCAAGGAAUGUCAUGUUUUGUCCUAAUCAGUAAUGCAGUAAGAAAAACAUCCACAUACUUUAUUUUGUAGAAAUAACUGUUAGUGUAAAGACUGGCAUCUUAAUGCCUUUUUGUGCUUAACAGAACAACAAAUAGCACUUUUCCUUCUCAAGUGUCUUGUUUUUUUUGUUUGGUUUUUUUUGUUAGUUUUUUCCCCCCAACACUGUCAUUCCAUUGCUUAUGAAAUUUAAUUCUAAAUUUUUAGAAAAGACAGAUUUUUUUUUUGUUUUUGGCAAGUCUGUAUAUGUUGAUAAAAGAACAGCAUGUAAAAGGCAUCAAAUAUCAUUCUCAUUGUGCUGUAGGGUACUCUGUAUAUGUAAAAGAUUUAAGCUUUGUUUCUGGUGGACAUAGAAAACCUGUACAUUAGUCAAAUCAUAUAAAAAUAAAGGGUAAGAUAUAUUGA